GGCAAAAUUGUUGGAUGUGAAAAGAUGAUUGGGAAUGGCGAUUUUAGUAAAAGUGUGGGCAAUUUGUGGAUUUCUCAAAUUUCUCAAGUUUGUGGAAUAUUACGGAACAUUCCCGUAUUUGCGCGAAGUAACGCUCAUAUUUAG